CGCUAGCGGCGUUGACGUCCUCGGGAGGACAUGACAUCAUGCGUGAACAUCGGAAGUAUUGUCACUGGAUGAAUUCGUAAUGAUGGAGGCGUGGGCCACGCGUCUGAAAAUACACAAGCGAACGGCGCCCGCUCAUGGAGCAGUCCGAAGCGCUUAAACGAGUACAUAGCUUCGUGACCUUGGCAAACACGUGUGUAUCUAAUCACAACGUUUAAAGUUCAUCGAGAGCAUCGCUGCCAGGACACCGACUGCAGUGAACGCCCGAAGACGGCUUAGUUCGCCGUGACGGAGCCGAAUAGACUGUCAACAUGGGAUUCGCACCGUUGACCUGCACUGCUGCGCUUUUGCUGAUGUCCGCGUUGCGUGCGAUUCUAGCAGCACCAGUAUGGCCACACCCAGGAAACCAGGCUCUUGAAUCGACACUGCUUUUCGAGGGUGACAUCGUGAUCCCUGGAAACAACUCAGAUGACCGCACUGCAGUAACGGAGGAUCGGCUUCUGUGGCCUGGAGGCAAAAUACCUUUCGUCGUCGAGUCAAGCCUCGGUCGACACACUGAGAUGAUUCAGGAGGCGAUGGAAGAAAUCGAAAGCAAGACUUGCGUACGUUUCAUACCACGCUCCAUGGAAAGGGACUACAUCACCAUUUUUCGUGGAUCAGGGUGCUACUCAGCCAUCGGCCGUAUGCGGCGUGCUCAACCGGUAUCCCUCGGCUACGGCUGCCUCUACAAGGGCACCAUGGUGCACGAGCUUCUGCACGCCGUAGGCUUCUACCACGAGCACUCGCGCUCCGACAGGGACAUCUACAUCGACGUCUUCACGGAAAAUGCGAAACAAGAUGCUGUGACCCAGUUCGAGAAGUUGAAGUCCUGGCAGAACCGACUGCUGACGCCAUUCGACAUGGAGUCCGUCAUGCUGUACGGCUCGCACGCGUUCGCCAGGGCGCCAGGACUCCUCACCAUGCUGGCCAAGGACGGCAGUCACUUGACAGAGGUCUACGACAAGCCCGGAUUGAGCGCCGCCGACGUCAUUCGCGUGAACAAGCUCUACAACUGCUCGAAAUAAAAGAAGUUUUGCAGUGUA